AUGUCUAACACAGCCAAUCAAGUGAUAACAUGCAAGGCAGCCGUAGCAUGGGAAGCCAACACUCCGCUCGUGGUCGAAGAAAUACAAGUAUCACCGCCGUUGCGUGACGAAGUGCGAGUGCGCGUAGAGCACACAGGAGUAUGCCACACGGAUGCUUUCGCCAUGACAGGAAAGGAUUUACUGAGCAAUUUCCCGUGCAUACUGGGUCAUGAAGGUGGUGCCGUAGUGGAGAGCGUAGGUGAAGGUGUCGACGACAUAGCACCCGGCGACCACGUGAUCCCGCUGUACAUCAGCGAGUGCACCUCAUGCACAUUCUGUAUCUCCGGCAAAACUAAUCUAUGUCAGCGUCUCGUUGCUACACAGUACAAGGGCCUUAUGAGCGAUGGAAGCACCCGCUUCUCUUGCCGCGGUACCCCUGUUAAUCACUUUAUGGGCACUUCCACUUUCGCUCAGUACAGCGUACUUAGCAGGCACUCUGUUGCAGUGGUCGAUAAGAAAGCUCCUCUACAAAAAGCUUGCUUGCUCGGCUGCGGCAUAACUACCGGCUACGGCGCUGCUACUAAGCAGAAGGUGCAGGGCGAGACGGUCGCUGUCUUCGGCGCCGGCUGCGUAGGUCUGGCCGCUGUACAAGGGGCGAAAGCGGCGGGAGCGCGCAGGAUCAUUGCAGUAGAUACCAACAGCAACAAAGAGCAACACGCCUUGAAACACGGCGCAACAGACUUUGUAAAUCCCCUUCACAUCGACAGGACCAUCGAAUCGCACCUGAUUGAUAUCACUGGAGGCGGUCUCGACCACACUAUCGUAUGUAUUGGAAACGUCGGCGUGAUGAGAUCCGCCCUCGAAGCCUGCCAUAAGGGGUGGGGCCAGAGCGUCAUCAUCGGUCUUGCGCCAAUGUCCGACGAAAUAUCCACUAAUCCCCUCCAGCUCAUCACCGGUAGAGUGUGGAAAGGUAGCGUCUUCGGUGGUGUUAAAGGCAAGAGCGAGCUGCCGGGGAUUGUUGUGGACUACCUCAAUAACAAACUCGACGUGGAUUCGUUCCACACUCACACGCGCAGCCUGAGCGAGAUGAAUGAGGCUUUUGAGCAUCUACACGGUGGUGAGUGUGUGAGGUGUGUGGUGGAUAUGUCUUGA